AUGGCUGCAGAGAACACCACUCAAGUGGUAUCUGGUUUCUUCCAGCACCUGGGCUGGAGGCAUGCGGUGACGGGCAAGAAAGCCAAGCCCUUUGCACCCACUUUUGCUGCAUUGGGCGUGGAGUAUGAAUUGGCCAAUCUUCAUGCCUCCUUCUUUACAGUGGGCAACAAGCCGGAGCGCCUUCAGAGGAUUGAGCGACUGAUCCAACAAGCAGAGCGGGAUGGCAAGGUAACCUGUUCAGUUGCAGCAUCAAUGCAUGGGCUCUUGAAUUUCGCAUCGGGCUUUGCAUUGGGCAAGGCUUUACAACCUGCAGCUCAGGGUUUUUCUUCUUUAGCAGCGGGCUUGGAGCUCCGACCGGCCGCCUUUGCAGAUUUGUGUGAGCAUUCCUUGAUGGUCCUCAAGUCGCUUCGGCCGCGUAAAGUUGCAACAGCUGAUGAAACCUUACCCCUAAUCAUUUAUACCGAUGGUGCUUUUGGAGAAGAUCUAGCAGACUGGGGUGCCAUUCUUUUUGACCCCGUCACCCAGACUCGGCUCUGCUACGCUGGCAAGGUGCCUUCCUUUUUGCUGGAAGCCUGGCAUGGCUUAGUGGGAGAACAGCUUAUUUGUCAAAUCGAGAUGUAUGCAGUUCUGUGCAUUAGAUGUCAAGCGAGGUGCUAUGCCGUGCUACCUAUGGUACGAACGCAUUGCAUCCUACUGCAAUCCUGCAGACCUCCCCUCCAGGCGAAAGGUAGCGGAAGCAUGCCAAAGGUGGCCCUUGUGCAGAUAGCAGCCGCUACACAACAGGCGGCAUCAGCAGCUCAGAGUGCAGCCCAGGCAGUGACAUCUGCUCAAGCUGCUGCAGCCUCAGGGAGUCCUAUCACUGCAGCUCAGUCGAACGUGCCUAAGGCAAAUGUUGACUGGUCAAAGUUACUCAACAAGCCUGCAGUUUUUGGUGAGGGCAAAUCAGUAGAGGAUGAUGUAAAAUCCUGGAGGGAUUACCAAUGGCAACUACACCAAUAUCUGGUGGCGAUCGACGAGGGUUAUGAAAGUGAGCUGAAAAGUUUGACAACAAAUGCACAUGCAGAACUUCCAAUGGAUACUGCAAGUUUGGAGACGCGGAAUAGGAGCAACAAGCUCUAUUCACUAUUGGCUUCUUUGAUGAGAAACCGUUGCCUGGCUAUUGUGAAAGCUACAGCCUCAGGAAACGGGUUUGAAGCCUUGAGACAGCUCAUUCUUGCCCUUCGACCUCCAGUGCAGAACAGGGGACUGGCACUACUCAGUUCCAUCACUUCAUGGCAGCCCUUUGCCAUGCAAAAGCCGUUGUUGCCACAGCUGCUACUUUUGGAAGAAGCCUAUGAGGAGGUUCUUGGUUUUGCAUGGGCAGAUGACGAUGUCCUACAACUUGGACAAGGCGCUGGUUCAAGCAGCAUGGAUGAUGAUGUUGAAGUUGUUGCUCCAGAGGAUGUUGAAAUCCAAGGUGUAGAAAUUGAUGGAGGUGAGGCUCAACAGGUUGAUGGAGUUGAAAUCCAAGACCGCAUCUUGGUUGAGCCCAUGAGAGAUGACAAGUUGCUGAUCAAUGGUGUGGAGCUCACAGCAAACAGCAGUUUGGCAGCUUUGCGUGCAGCCCUUACGUUUUACAACUUGUCAACCUCUGGAAGCAAGCAGAAGUGUUUUACAAAGCUUUUGAACCAUGCCAAGCGCCUUGAACUUGAGACAGUUACAGCAGCAGCCAAGAAUGCCCAGAUGGAUGCCCACCGUGCUCCAACAGCACACCGUGAUGCAAUCAGUGCCAGUUUCAAGAAGCCACAAGGCUCAAUUGAACCCUCAGCCUUCUAUGACGCUGAUGGUGCAGCUGUGAUCGAGAAGGCCAGGGAAGAGAAACAAGAGGAGUUGGAAAACCAACAGAUGAGUCUUUUUGACCGACCUGGCAUUGCAGCUGAGGAGGAGUUGGUUCAAAUUUCUGGUGGGACAAGUUUUCCAAACCCAACCAACAUCUGGGAUGACAAUGAUGAAGACGGCCCGGUGCAACCCAGUGGUUCAGGUGGAGCUCAACCAGUGGCUCAGAACGAAGCCCAGGUUGUUGAUGAUGGAGAUGGUGAAGAAGUUCCCAAUCCAAGUUUACGUUUGGAUGCUCCCACAACACCUUUGCAUCUCUUGGAAACCCCCUCUACUCCUACCUCACCAAGGAGAGAUCCUACAGUCAGGAUACAUGAGAAUGAAACAGAGGAGGAGCAGUCACAGAAACGACCCAAAGUAGAGGCAGCAAAGAAGGCCAGACUUUCCAUGCUGACAGAGGAGCGCAAUGCAAUGGUGCGUACAGUCAAGUUUGCAGAGGAGGAAUAUUGCACAAUGGACAGUUAUGUUGAUACCGCAAGGAGCUCAGAGAUCCCAGUGCCGCGUUCUGAUUACAACAGAGCUCUUUUUGAAGCUCGCAUGGGUUCAAUGCAAGAUGUUGAAUUGAAGAUGCCAUGGGAAACCGGUAUUAUGAAACAGAUUUUCGACAGCGAUGAUGAUUCAGCCUUUCCAAAGGUUUUGCCUCCUGUUCCACCAGAUUAUUUGAUGCCAGUCUCUGCAUCUGGUGCGGAAACUCCAGACCGAGAGGACAUGUCGGAGAGGCCAACGGCCAAGAGCUUGGUGCGUUCAGAAAAGCAAUUGACGGGAACUGCUCAGAUAGAGAUGCAACAGGCUGGUGGUGCAGCAGAUGAUGAUGGUUAUGCUCCGUCUACGCCGAUGGACACUGAGCGCAAAUCUUCAAAUGCAGGGGACCCGGUGGCUGAUGAGUCAAGUGGCAUUGAGCGUGUGGGGCAGGAGGAGUUUCAAGAAACAUCACAACGUGCUGGUGGACGUGACAUGGCUCAGCUGGCGAAGAUGGUUGCCAGAAUCAUUGCAACAAUGGGCCUUGGGCCAACAGGCGCGAUGGGUCAGUCAACAUGCAUGACAGACUCAGCCCCUCCAACUGACAAGUGGUGGUUCAAAGUUGGAGUGAUGCUUUUGGUUUUCAUCCUGAUCGCAUUUGCAAUUGGAUGUUUUGUAGUGCGCCGCUACGUGAAGAGACUACUUCACGACCUCUACCAUCUUUCUGUUCAAGUUGCCGAAGCUGACACGACCAUUGGUGAACACAUGGUUGCAGUGCCACAACUUCGAAAUGAGGUCAAUGGUUUACGUUUGCAGUUGGAUGAUGUGAGUCAGCGAUGUGUCAUGCUGACAAAUCAACUUGCACAGUUUGAAGGAGAUAUGGAAACCUUGAGUGACCGACAAGACGGCUUGCACUACGGUUUGGUGGAAGUGGGCGGAUACGUUCGAGCCCGCGAGCUGACAGCAGCUCAAAGGCGCCACAUGUAUACACAGGAACGUGGCAAUUUGGUUGCAAGGACAACUAUGGGUGCCAGCCAAUACCUCAGGACGAUCCGAACUCAGUCCAGGGGUUACACCCAUGGUGAGGAUACAGAUCCUCCAGUAGAGCCAGAGUCAACCGCUACAAGUUCAAAUGCAAUGGCAGCCACAACAGCCAAUAACAGAGCCAAUGCAAGAAGGAUUGGAGAGAACGCAGAAAGUUCCAAUCCUACCUCAGACAUGGAGGUGGAUGAUGUGACUCUCAAUCCAUCUCGAGAUCUCACAACACGUCGUGGAGAACUUGAGGUGACAAUCGAUGACCUACGGACAGAAUUGGACCAGGCUUUGACUUCAGCAGCCUGGAAUGAUGCUGCAGAGCUUCAACAUACAAUUCUGAUCUUGCUGGAUCGAUUGCAGACCCACGACCUACGUGAUCGAGAUGCCAGACGUGAGACUUUUCAGCGUAUGGCUGACAGAAUGGAAGGUUUGUCUAGACGUGCCCGUCAAAGGGGUAAUGGAGUCUUGGCAGACCAGUACGUGGACUAUGCCGCAAGUGGGCUGUGGCCUGACCGCAUGAUCGGCACACCUUUCACAAAGGGAAAUUUUCUUUUGUGCCUCGUGGCGUACAAAAUUUUCGUUGUUACGUGGAUUUCUGAAAACAGCGUUGUGGAUUUCCUUGCAGAGAACGUGGAGCUUGAAGCGGUGACUCAUACUUUCACAUGGCUGGCAAGAGUGCCCUCUAGAUGCAAUGUUGCAGAUGCUCCCUCCAGGGGCGAUGUCGGUGCUGCUUUGUUAAACAACGCAUUGGAUGUCCCUGCAGAUGCCGAGAGGUGUUCAGCAUGUCGCAACCCGGUGCCGGGAGCACAGGAGCACAUCAACGAAUGGUUUCUCCGCCAUCGAGAAGUCGAUCGAAUCCUGACGGGGGUCUACCGCCUGGGUCUAGGACUUGGCACUGCAGCGAUGAUCCCCUCUCUGUGCUUGUACGAUGUGGAUGGCGGCCAGAGAGUGGUCAUGCUGAACAUGCUCACAGGUGUAGAGGAGAAGGUGAGGGGUGAAGGCACACACUUCAAAGUGCCAUGGUUGAUGCAGCCCAAGUGGUACAGCAUCCGCCUGCGGCCGAAGCUCAUCCAGACCACCACUGGUACCAAGGACUUGCAGAUGGUCACCAUCCACAUCAGAAUGCUCUUCAAGCCACAGAUUGAGGGCCUUCCCACAAUUCACCGAACGUUGGGAGAGGAUUACGAUGAGCGCGUCCUUCCUUCCAUUGCGAAUGAGGUGAUGAAGGCCACGAUUGCUCAGUACAACGCAGAGUCGCUCCUGACCCAGCGAGAGCAGGUCUCUAGAGAGAUUCGAGAGGCCAUCGUAGCGCGAGCCAAUCAAUUCAACAUCCUGAUGGAUGAUAUCGCCAUCACCCACCUCACCUACGGCAAGGACUUUGCCCGGGCGAUUGAGGACAAACAGGUGGCCCAGCAAGACGCCGAAAGGCAGAAGUUCAUCGUGGAGAAGGCCGAGCAGGAAAGACAGGCCACUGUCAUUCGAUCAGAAGGCGAAGCAGAAGCCGCCAAGAUGAUCUCUGAGGCCUUGAAGGAGCAUGGUUCCGGCCUGAUUGAGGUCCGACGUAUCGACACGGCCAAGGACAUCGCCGAGAACCUGGCGAAGUCGCCCAACGUGAUGUACCUGCCAAAUGGGCAGCAGAUGCUGCUGAACGUGGGUGGCGGUGCUCGUCCGCCCUCCUGA